AUGGAAGAGCCGCCGGAGGGGCACGGCCACCGAGAAGCGGCGCCUGGCCCGGCGAGCAGCGGCAGCGGCAGCGAUGGCGAGAGUGUGCCCGUGUCCCCGAGCCCCGCGCCCGCCUCCCCCGCCGCACCCUGCCCUCUGCCCCUGCCCCGUCGCCGCCACCCGCCGCCACCCCCACCGCCUCCCCACCGAACCACCAACUUCUUCAUCGACAACAUCCUGAGGCCGGACUUCGGCUGCAAGAAGGAGACGCCCGCGCUGGCCGGCGGCGGCGGAGGCAGCCGGGAGCGGGACGGAGACCGGGGGCAGAGCUCAGGUAGAGAAAACGUCAACCCGCUGCUGGCCCGGCCGCCCAACCCGCCCUCCCUCCUCUGCCCGGACUCGAACUGCCGUCCUGACGGCCCCGCGCCGCCGCCGCCGCCAGCCGCCGCCAAAGCCAGCCCCGCCGCGGCGACAGCGGCGGCGGCGGCGGCGUCGGGGACGGUCAAGCCCUCCGCUGAGGGGGGCGAGACUCACCCGGCGAAGUACGGGGAGCACGGCAGCCCCGCCAUCCUCCUCAUGGGCUCUAAUAAUGGAGGACCUGUUAUAAAGCCCGACUCGCAACAGCCGUUGGUGUGGCCGGCCUGGGUCUACUGCACUAGGUAUUCAGACAGACCGUCCUCGGGCCCCCGCACCAGGAAGCUUAAGAAGAAGAAGACGGAGAAGGAGGACAAGCGGCCGCGGACGGCGUUCACAGCCGAGCAGCUACAGCGGCUGAAGGCAGAGUUCCAGGCGAACCGGUACAUCACGGAGCAGCGGCGGCAGAGUCUGGCCCAGGAGCUCAGCCUCAACGAGUCGCAGAUCAAGAUAUGGUUCCAGAACAAACGAGCUAAGAUCAAGAAAGCGACGGGCAUCAAGAACGGACUGGCGCUGCACCUCAUGGCCCAGGGACUCUACAACCACUCCACCACUACCGUGCAGGACAAAGAGGAGAGCGAAUGACCCCCCCAGCCCUGCGCCGCGGCGCCGGCCCGCCGGCCGGGAGGCGGACAGGUGUUAUUUAAAAGCAGAUCUAUUGUCUAUCCAUAGUAUAAGGACUCCAAUCACGAAAAAAAAUAUGAACACUUAAAAAAAAAUCUCUAUAUAGCCAAACAGCAUAUGACCUUGUAUAUAUUUAAUUUCAGGUAAGAAAUAUGUGUAGCGAUCUCUAUUUGCUGGACAGUUUCUCUCUCCCCUUCUCUCUUUCUCUUCCACCCCCUCCCCUCUUUUGUUUGUUCUUUCGUUUUGUUUGCUUUCCUUUUUUAUUUUUAUUUUUUCCUCUCGAUGUCUGUCGCUCUUGUUUUACAGCAGUUGUCCGACUUUUCCGAUCUUUCGUUUGAUUUAAUUUCUUUUGUGUGCGUGUGCGAAUUUCUGUCUUUUUUUCCUGAGGAAAAAAAAAAAUUGUUCUGAUCCACAGACUGCGAGACUGAACCCGCCGCUACAAGCCAAAGAUUUUAUUAUGUUCAGAAAUCUGUAGUCUGAAAUAAAGUGUAGACUGUGUUCAGGA